GGCCCCGAGGGUGCGGUGCAGCGCAGUGAUCGGUGGUGCGCUGUGUCCCUGGGACACAGGAAUCAGCGUGCUGAUGAUCAGUGUAGCCUCAUCAGUGCCACCCGUCAGUGUCUGUCAGUGCCACCUGUCAUUGUCCAUCAAUGCCACCUGUCAGUGCCCAUCAGUGCACAUCAAUGCCACAUGUCAGGGUCUACCAGUGCACAUCAAUGCCACAUAUCAGUGCCCAUAUGAACUGCCUUUCAGUGCCAACUAUCAGUGCCAGCCAGUGCCACCUAUCAGUGCCAGUCAGUGCCGCCUAUCAGUGCCAGCCAGUGCCGCCUAUCAGUGUCUCAUAACAGUGCCAGCCAGUGCCACCUAACAGUGCCAGUCAGUGCCGCCUGUCAGUGCCAGUCAGUGCUGCCUAUCAAUUCCGCCUAUCAGUGCCCAUCAGUGAUGUCUGUGAAUGCCCACCAGUGAUGCCUGUCAAUGACCAUCAGUGCCACCUACCAGUGCCUCCUCAUCAGUGCCCAUCAGUGCCGUCUAUAAGGGCCCAUCAGUUCAGCCUAUCAUUGCCCAUCACUGCAACCUCAUUAGCGCACAUCAGUGAAGGAGAAAAAUUACUCAUUUACAAAAUUUUAUAACAGAAACUAAGAAAUAAACUUUUUUUUCAAAAUUUUCAGUUGUUUUUGGUUUGUUUAUCAAAAAAUAA